GCCAGUGAAGAUUUGUGUUUUGUAGUGUUUGCACUCUUCAACGUUCUGUGGGCAACGCUAUAUUUAGAAUCGUGGAAACGUACUUGUGCUGAGCAUGCUUAUCGCUGGGGUACUUUAGACAGUCAGAGUGAACUUCUCUCAGAGCCACGCCCUCUUUUCUUGGGUCCACUUCAAAAAAGCGAGGUAACUGGAAGGCUUGAGCCCACUUAUCCUGCCUGGAAACAGAACUUGUUCAGAUAUUGUGUUAGUCUACCUGUCAUUGCCUUCUGCCUCCUCAUAGUAUUUAUGGUCAUGUUUUUGAUUUUUGAGCUUCAGACGUGGUGGGACAAGAAGAUAAAACAGCUUGAUUAUCCCUUUUGGUUGACUUUUGUACCCAAGGUACUCUUGGCGUUAGUCAUCAACGUACUUGAUUCUGUAUAUUACCGCAUAGCUCACUGGCUAAAUGAUAAAGAAAACUAUAGGCUAGAGGAAACCUUCCAGAAUCAUCUAAUUAUCAAAUUAGUUCUGGUUUGUACUAAAGUAGUACUAUAACUAACUACAGUUUUAUUGGUUUUUGUGUACAUGCAGUGUUUUCCUUGGUUUUGCAUCUGUUUUGUCUUGCAAAGCUUGGAAGAAUGUUUUUUGUUUAAUCCAAUUAGUCUGUUUGUUUUUUUGCCAACAUUUCUUUGAUGUCUGAAAUAGUUUAAGAACACUAACAACCUAGCUAGUGUAUAUAUAAUAAAUGCUGUUUAAAACAGUAUUUGACAACUAGCUUCAAGUUAGCUAUGAAACAUUAUAAUAAUGUUUUUGAAACUUCAAACAAAAUGAAUUAAACCAGAUUUAAAGAUAUCUUCAAUGCUACAGUGCAUUUUAUAUGGUAAUUUUAAAGUCUGA